UCCGGGAUGCUGCUAUUUCCAAACUUGACAUGAUGCAGAAAAACCACGGAUGAUUUUAAUGUUUCAGUGUUCCAUUACUUUUACUGAAUACAGCAAGCAAACCCAACAUUGGCAACAUCUCAGCGUCUCACUUUGUAAUUUUCGUCGCCUCCUUGAAGACUUUUUUUCCUUUCCGAAAUCAUUGGAUCAGGUUACAGUUAUCAGCAAGUGCCAGCAAAUCUAUGCACUCCUUCUUGUACAACCAUGAAUCUCCCAGAAGGACGUACCUUUGAGAAAGCCUCUUGUUUAUAUGUCUUGUACUUCUUUGGUCUCAUCUCUGUUUCCACAUUCUUGCACUUGUACGACAAGAUUCCCUCCCAAUUCCAGAGAGUCAAGUUCAAGAACACAUCUGGCGGCUCCUUUAUGGAACACACCAGCUUAUUGCACAGGACCACUAAGGCAACUGAUCGUGGCAUAUGGACCGUGAACUCCAUUGGACGUUUGGGGAACCAGAUGGGGGAAUAUGCCACCCUCUAUGCCUUAGCAAAACUUAAUGGGCACCAAGCUUUCAUCCUUCCAGCCAUGCACAAUUAUCUGUCACCGAUAUUCCGCAUCACACUGCCUGUCAUCCCUGCUGAGGUGGUGUCCAAGGUCCGGUGGAGAAACUACGGUGUGCAUGACUGGAUGUCAGAGGAAUAUCGCCACAUCAAGGGCAAAUAUGUCCGGUUGACUGGCUACCCUUGUUCUUACACCUUUUACCACCAUAUCCGCCAGGAGAUACUUCGGGAAUUCACCUUCCACGACCAUAUCAAGGAAGAGGCCAAUCAAUACCUUCGAGGCCUCAGAGGAGAAGGCCGUGAGGUGACAUAUGUUGGAGUCCACGUCCGGAGAGGGGAUUACGUCUGGGUAAUGCCCAGGACUUGGAAAGGUGUGGUGGCCGAUAGGGGCUACUUGGAGAAAGCCAUGAACUACUUCAGAGGGAAAUACCAAAAUCCCAUUUUCGUGGUGACCAGCAAUGGGAUGGAGUGGUGUAAAGAAAACAUUAAUGCCUCCAGAGGGGAUGUUUACUUUGCUGGGGAUGGGCGGGAGUCUUCUCCAGGGAGGGAUUUUGCUCUCCUUGCUCAUUGCAACCACACCAUAAUGACCAUCGGGACCUUUGGCAUCUGGGUUGGGUAUCUGGUAGGUGGGGAGACUGUCUACUUGGCCAACUACACCCUACCGGAUUCUCCCUUCCUCAAGGUCUUCAGGCCCUCAGCAGCCUUCUUACCUGAAUGGAUUGGGAUCCCAGCAGACCUUUCCCCCCUGCUGCCCAAAAAGGAACCUGCUGAAGUUCAUGCCCCAACCGAGGCAGCUGGUUAAGUGCAAAUACAGUCUGAGGUCAAACCUGGAUUUGCUGACCAGUGGUGAGCAUGAUCCAAAGAUAGGCCAUAAAAAGAAGGCAGCUUGUGACAUGGAUACUGGAAAUAGUAGAAAAGUCAGAAUGAAUGGUUUAAGUAGCCUGGGCCUUCAGAUCAAACCCAAAAGUAGCUGCAAGCAUUUACAUCAAAGCUAGUUUUCCUGGUCUUGAGGGAGACACUUAGGAAGCCCCCUUAUUCCUGAGGUGCCUCAUGUGGUUCAGUUGCAAGUUAGAGUAUAUUCAGAUAGACAUCUGUCCCCCUGAUUGGUGCACUGCUGGCAUGGAUUGGCCCCCUUUUUUCCCCCAGUGUCCACGUGACAAGUGGCCCACAAGGCAGCCCAACCUGCACCUUUUAAAGCCCCUGUCAAAGCCGCCUACUUUUUUUUUGGUGCAGGUUGGUGUGCUCUAGUUUAGUCUGUUCCUACUACAUGCAAUUGAAGGGAACGGACUAAAAUCAAGUAUUGCAGCUGUCAAAGCUGCCAAGGCUCCUUCCAGUUUGAAUUUCCAGUAUCGUGAAGUGGUUAAUAAACAAGUCACUUUGGGAGAUCAGCAAAUUGAACACUUAAGAAAGCAGAGAAAGACACGUCGUUCUUUCCAGCAAGUGCACAGCUGGAAAACAAAGUGCAAACAGAGAGGUGUGCAUGGAUCUCUAGCAGCAUGUUAAGAGUCUCUUCUAUUUUUACAGGCACACAGAGAUCCUGUUUGGGAAGUCUCUUGUUCAGAAACAUACACUCUUUCCCUUUUUUUAUUUGCUUGGCACCUUUCAAGCAA